UACUUCUGAGAGGUAUUUAGUUUACAGGGCCUGGCAAUUGGUUUGUAGAGCAAAACCCAGCAACACCUGAAAAAAAACGACAUGCAUGUUCCUUGUUCAAUCUCUUUGAGGUCAACCUGGAUAUUGUGUCUGAUUGGGUGUAUAUUAUCGCUACCAGUAGAUAAAGGUUUUGGCUCAAACAAUCCUUCACCAGCAUGGAGUGACUUCAGCAGUCCUCGCUCUACUUAUCCUGUUGGUCAAGCCGGCUCGGUGUAUACUUAUGGCAGCACACCGCAAGAUUACAUUGGAAGAGCGCCUUCCACUUGGUCCCAGCAGAACAGUGACUCAAAGGCUGAUGACGGGGUCUACUCAAAUGAUGGCUCCAAUAUGGAUGCUGGCGACUCUGGCUGGGCCAAGAGCGGUGCGAUGGACUCUGGUAGUGAUGCUCAGUACCCUGUUCCUGAAGGCUACCCUGAGGAGCUUGUCGCCCCCAUGGACCAGGAGCUGGAGGAACCUGAGGAAGAGCCCGUGUUGAGCGACGUCUCUGACCUGGAGCCGGUCUACCACUUCAGUUCCGGGUCACGCUACCAGCAAGGCAGACAGGCCUUCUUCCUAACCAGAUACAACCCCGGAGAGCCUAUGGUCGCCUCUGCUGACGCGUUGGUCUCUAACAGUUAUGGAAUGGGAAAUGGUGAGGGAGGGCCAGCUGAUCCAAGACAGCCUGGGAAGGGUGACUACUGAUCAACUGCAAUGUCUUUCAUUUCUAAUGGCUGUAUAUGAAUAAAUCUUUGCUUUCGGAA